CUCGAGGUCGACGGAUGUACUGAUAGGCUCAGUCUGUCUAUUGAUAGCGGCCUCCGUGCUUGACAAUCCACCAUCACGUCAUGUGCGAUUGAUAUCUUUACUUUUUCUCAGUUUCCAGCAAUUAUUGACAGUUCAGCCCUAUAGAUAAACGAUUUCCUCUCUCAUUUCUGACCUCGUGUCCUCACAAUCCUGCUGUCCACGCCCCCCGGAUAGCACUAGCCUGUCAUAAUGCCUUCAACCCUCUCAACUUCCUUCUCAGAAACUUCCUCUGCCACUGCCAUCAUCGUCCCGUCGAAGCCCAAAGCUCUGACCAUAUCCUACAAGCAGUUGACACGAGACGUCCUCGAGUUUCAGAGCAAGCUCGCAGAGCUAGGGAUCGGGCAUGGCGAUGCAGUGUCGAUAGCCCUGCCCAACACCUAUGAGUUCAUUGUCUCUUUCCUCGCAACUUCCUACCAGAGAGCUAUUGCGGCACCUUUGAAUCCUGCAUACAAACAAGCCGAGUUCGAGUUCUACAUUGAGGACCUCUCCUCUGCGAUUGUGAUCGUCCCAAGGGAUUCCUACGCAAAAGAUGGACCAGCCAUCAAGGCAGCCAGGAGAUAUGGAGCUGCUAUUGCAGAAUGCUAUCUGGAUGGAGACACGCCAAUUCUGGAUGUAAAAGAGAAGGGAGAGCUCUCCCAGAGACGGACUCAACGGGUGUCUCAAGCGCAACGCGAGGACGUUGCUUUGGUGCUGCAUACGAGUGGAACUACUGGAAGGCCUAAGGCAGUUCCUCUCACCCAUCGCAACCUGACCAGGACGAUGUUGAAUAUCAGAAACACGUACGAACUCACUCCCAAGGACCGUACAAUGCUGGUCAUGCCUCUCUUCCAUGUGCACGGACUCCUGGCUGGACUACUGGCUCCUCUCAGUGCAGGUGGUUCAGUCAUUGUGCCGGGAUCAUUCUCAGCUCGCUCCUUUUGGAAUGACUUUAUCACCCACAAAGCCAAUUGGUAUACAGCAGUACCAACCAUCCACCAAAUCUUACUCAAAAAUCCUCCGCCCCAUAACAAACCAAAGAUUAGAUUCAUCAGGUCGUGUUCAUCUCCGUUGUCACCCAAGACCCUUUACGAACUCGAAGCAACAUACGGAGCACCGGUGCUUGAGGCAUACGCUAUGACAGAGGCUGCACAUCAGAUGACGUCCAAUCCCUUACCUCACCGAGGCAAACGGAAGCCGGGAAGUGUGGGCAUUGGACAAGGGGUCGAGGUCAAGAUCCUGGACGAGCAGGGCGACGAAGUACCUCAGGGCACGGCCGGAGAGAUCUGCAUACGGGGCGAGAAUGUGACAAAGGGAUAUAUCAAGAAUGACAAGGCAAACAAAGAAGCAUUCACGAAAUGUGGGUUCUUCAGGACUGGAGACCAGGGAAAGAAGGAUGAAGAUGGAUAUGUCAUCAUCACUGGCAGAAUCAAGGAGUUGAUCAACCGUGGAGGCGAAAAGAUCAGUCCUAUUGAACUGGAUCAUCUGAUUUCUGGGAACCCAGACGUGUCAGAGGCCGUCUGCUUUGCUAUUCCUUCGGAGUUGUACGGUCAAGAGGUGGGAGUUGCCAUUGUACCCAAGACAGGAAAAGACGUCACAGAAGAAGGCAUUACUGAGUUCGUGGGUAGUCGGACGGCCCACUUCAAGAGGCCUAGCAGAGUGUGGAUUCUGAAAGAGAUACCCAAGACAGCCACAGGAAAGAUACAGCGACGAAAGGUUGCUGACUCAUUGUUAGCAAGAGAUAGACCAAGAGCGAAGCUAUAAAUGUAGAUAGACCCCGAAGGAUGAUAUAUGUGUGGAUUC